AUGAAUAACCAAGAACUGCCCGGCUAUAGACUACACCGAGCAUUGCCUCUGAAUAUCCAGAAUGUACGCGACAGGACGGUCUCGGAGAGAAUAACAAGAAUUCGGCAAGAUGUUGAGUUCGAAGAACGUUCCAAAUCUUUCGAUGAUACUGGUCUUGAUGAGCUGAACGAUAUUAUUAACCACAGUUUCUACCUCGGCGAACAAACACCAACGAUUUUGAAGCAGGUAAGCGCGUUUAAAUUUUUUUUUGUUUUUAGGUAUCAAUAGAUAGUUUAGAUGAGGAUUACAGAGGAUUAUUGAUUUUUAAUAGUUUAUUUUGCUUAAAAUGUUUAAGAUUAGAAUAAAAUCUAGUUUUUUACAAUGGUCGAAGAUUUUUGUUGUUUAGGUAUUGUUUUGGUAAAAAUACAUGCAGUUUUUCGUAUUUCAACACUAAUGGUUAACUUUUAAGGCUUACGAUUUUUUUUCAGCAUCUCAGGUUUGGAGAGACUACUUCAGAAGACUCUGUUUUCUGUUUCGAAACUAUUUCUGCCCCUUCAGACAAUCGUGAUUGGAUGACCAAGCUCUUUUCAUCACCAUUACCUAAUAGACCUAAAUUGCUUAGCCGAUCUGGAAAUAACAACAUGGUUGCAUCACCGAAAGGACUGUCAUCUCAUCCUCAAAGCUUAUUCGCUACCAUAAUAGUAGAUCCAUCUGCCGUUACGUCUGGUGGAACAGCAUCUACUCCAUCCACUGAUCCAACAUCUACAAAAUCCGAUUCCAAUUCGAACUUGUCCAACUCUUCAGAUUCAUCGAAGAAGCCUCAGAAUCUGUUUUCAGCCUCAAUGCCUCAAAGGCUAGCGAGUGAUGAUCAUUCUCCAUGUGCCUAUUGCAUUUCGACCAAUCGUUCUCGGAAGGCUAGUACACAUUCUAAGUACUCUUGUCCAGUUUUGGCCGCUUUGAAGCCCUGCAAGACUUGUGGAGCUAGUGGAAUCAACAAUCAUACUGCUAUGUAAGUUACAUUCUUUUAGUUAAGAAUGUUUUAGACUUUUUGUUCACUAAGAUUAUACAAACCUACUACAACAUACCUUACUGUCAUUUUCAGGCAUUGUCCAGAGCGCAAAACAAUCCGUCUACGUCUGAAAACUCGCCAACCAAAGGUAUUCACAGAAAAGGAUCUUCCGUCCAUGAUGGUAUUCCCUUUAGGCUACUACAACAAGCCUAAAUGGUCGGCUCCCAUUCAAAACCGCGCUCGUUGGUUCAGCCUUACCAACUACAAGAUGUCGAAACGCGGUUAG